CCCGCGCGGCAACUCGUGUCGCGCGCUUCAGCAGCAUUGUACUGACGGUGCCGCAAACAAAAGUUUGUAGUGUCUCCUUACUUCCAUUAGAAGGCUUCAGUGGGACUCCUGAUAUUAUUUUGUUAAAUUCGAGCAAGUUUAUCCUUGUCGCGAGUUUGUAAACUUCAUCGACGCCUUUGAAGGAUCUGCAGAGUCCACCAGCUGAAGCCAACAGUGGAAAAGUUAGCGUUUGGGCACUCAGUGGGGUUUAAAGUUCAGCUAACAGAAGCGUCACCGGCUAUUAGCAGGUAGUUAGCUCCACAUCUCAACAGCUUAGUUUGGCCACAAUGGCAGCUAUGUGCCAGCCACGACGCGCCUUGGUGGAAAUACCUGCUCCACAGCCCAAAAUUGCAGCUCGGAUGAGGAGGUCCUAUCAAGAAAUACUAAGUGCUCGUUUGGCCCCAUUUCCACUUCCAAGAGGGAGAAACACAACUGCAAAUCCAAAGCGGGUACACUCAUUGGACUUGUCCAUUCGUGGAGUGUGGAGGGGAAGGAUAGAGGAGCAAUGUGACAAGAUGGACGAGCAGCAUACCCCUCUGUCCAAACAGCGGCUUGUACAGCUCAUCAGGUCCCUCAUCUUAGUUGAGCAGAGCCAAGAUCCCAGGAUCCUAGCAUCGGACCUGAAGUAUCUCCAGGAAGACCUGCAACUCAAGAAAGCAAAUAUUUACAGGUCCAUACCUUACUCACGGCUUGCCUCCAACAGGGACGCUCACUGCUACAGAAAGGCAUAUCCUCACCUGGUGGCAUUCAAAGUUUCGUGUCAGGAGUGGGGCCAAGUUCUUCUGAGGAACAAAGAGUGGGACGCUGUGUUGGAGCACACAUUGAUGGCAUGGCGCUACACCAGCGAGUUGCCACAGUGGGAUACAGCAAGCCAUAACGCUCUCAAAGAACAGUGUUACAGCAUUUUGGCAGCUCACAGCCUCACUGCUCUGCAGCACCUACACCCUGGACCCGACAGAGGACGCGAGCUGCUCAGGAGGUUGAAGAUGGCUCGGGUGCACAGCCAGUCCAUUUUGCCUUGUGUUCAGGAGUUGCAGAGGAUUAUGGGAUGUGCUGAUGACACCUCCACGGACACAAAAUAACAGGAGAAACACUGUCUAACCAACUGGCUACACAGUGGUGAAAUGUGUGCCUCAUAGAUGACCUAAAUAAUUUAUUUGAGUUACAGGGCCAAAAACCUUGAACUUGGUAGUGUAUGUUUGGAAAAACCACAACAGUAUUCUUCCAAAGGACAGGGAGCAACUGGUAAUGUGCAACAUAACACAGGUGUCAAAAGGUAAUGACAACUACCUUCUAAAUGGGGAAAAUGCAAUAAAAUCUCUUAUUUAAUCACAUUGCAUUUGAUAUCAACUGGGAAGUAUUUAGUAUAACAUUUGUUGCACGCCACACCUCAUGAUUUAUUUAUCAUUGGUUAAUGUGUCAUUGAUGUGUUAACUAACUGCCUAUUCCAAAAAAUGAUUUAUUUUUAGAGGAGAAUUCUCACUGAGAAAUGAUGCAUUCAGUUGGUGCUGGCAGAAAUAUCAUUAAAAAUGUUUGUGUAUUUUUUAGAACUUUGUUUCGAGUAACUUUUGCAUUGAUCAUGGAAAUGUUAAAAGUGAAAUGGACUUUCUUGUUUCUGUAUUUGUGCGUGUGUGUGUGUGUGUAUGUUUUUGUUACUGUUAAUACUUGAAAUUGUGGCCUUUGCCAUCUCUGAAUACAGUUAUGUUUUGCGUGUCUGUCUUGUGGCCUGUUGUCUGUCACUGAUUGCACUGUUGCUGUCUGCCCUGAAAACUUGAAAAAUUUUGUUUAAAUAGAUUCCUUA